GUAGUGUUAGUAACGCAAGGAAAUAAUACAUUAUCUUCAGAAUAUCCUACCGUUAAACAGAUUUCAUUAGGGCAUAUAUUCAAAAUUGACGAUUUGAAAGAAAUAAGAGAAUCAAUUUUUGAAAAACUUAAUAUAAAACCAAUGGUUUUUCUACAAAAAAUGGCUUUAAGAUUAUAUGACGAUAAUUUUGAAACUUAUAAAAAAGCGGCCAAAGAUUAUGAUAUUGAUUUAUUUUUUUGUGACUUAAUGGUGAAUGAUGCUUGUGUAGAUGCUGCUAACGUUCUGAAUAAGCCUGUUGUUGGAUUUACUUCCUUUCUUCUUGCAUUGGCACCUAAUACAUACAAAUCAGAUCCAAUAUUCGGUUGCAACGUUUCAUUAGAAAACGCAUCAUUUUUGGAAAGGUUCAGAUGUACCAUAAUAAGUCCCCUUCAAACGAUUUAUCAGUUGAAUGUAAAAGAAAAAUUAAAAGGAUACUCUUUUAUGGCAAAAGAUCGAUUACCAAAGGCUUCUUUGCUUUUAGUUAAUACCUACUUUGGUUUUGAGUUACCGCAAUCCUUACCACCAAAUAUUCGGGAAAUCGGACCG